UAAAUCACCAAUGGGAAAAUUCAUAGAAGCCUGAGUCAAAAGCACAAGGACCAAGAAGUUGACUGUGAAGUACAAGUACUUGCUAGCUUUGUCUCUUUCCACUGUUCUUCAUGUGCUCUUCUGCAUUAUUUUAUUUGUAGUGGUGUGUGUUUCCUCCCACUUGCCCAUUCAUUCAUGAUUCUCUCUUAUCUGCUACUGAGUAUUUUAAUAAUAUACACCAUUUAGUCGCAUUUCACAUUCUCACCAUUUCUAUAUAACACAACAAUCCACAACUCAAGUUUUAUCACAAUAUUUUCACAAUGACUACUUCAUCUACCCUCCACUUGUUCCUCCUCUCACUAUCUCUUCUUUCACUCUCAUCUUCAUCACUUGCACCGUUACCAAAACCCAACUCAUUUAUCCUCCCCAUUGCAAAAGACCCAACAACCCUUCAAUACUCAACCACUAUUAAAAUGGGUACCCCUGCAAGAUCCUUGGAUCUAGUCAUUGACAUUAGCGAACGUUUCCUAUGGUUUGAAUGUGACAAGUCCUAUAACUCAUCAACUUACCACCCAAUCCAAUGCGGUUCAAAGAAAUGUAAACUAUCAAAAGGCACAGAGUGCAUUACUUGUACUAACCAUCCUCUCAAAACUGGAUGCACCAACAAUACUUGCGCCCUAAGCGUCUUCAACCCCAUCGCCCAACUCUUCGUCAGCGGAGACAUAGGAGAGGAUAUCUUAUCUUCCCUACUUACAACCGCUGGCGAUAGAGGAAUACUUAAAAACGUGAACACACCACGUUUCAUUUCUUCAUGUGUUUAUCCAGAUAAAUUUGGUGUUCAGGGCUUUCUCCAAGGCCUGAGCAAAGGUAAAAAAGGUAUAUUAGGUCUAGCAAGAACUCUUAUUUCUUUACCAGCACAACUAGCUAUUAGAUUUAAACUAGACCGUAAAUUUACACUUUGUUUACCUUCAUCUUCUAAAACUAACGGGCUUGGAAGUCUCUUUAUUGGUGGAGGUCCUUAUCACUUUGGCUCUAACAAAGAUGAUUUUUCAAAAUUUCUUACCUACACCCCACUUAUUGCUAACCGUCACAGCACUGGUCCUAUAUUUGAUAACUCUCCUUCAAAUGAGUAUUUUAUUAAGGUGAAUUCAAUUAAGGUUGACAACAAUGUUGUCAAUUAUAAUACCACAUUGCUUUCUAUUAACAAACUAGGAGGUGGUGGUACAAAACUAAGCACUGUGAUUCCUCAUACAAAACUACACACUUUAAUAUAUAAACCACUUGUGAAUGCUUUUGUGAAGAAAGCUGAAAUAAGAAAGAUAAAGAGAGUGAAAGGUGUUGCACCAUUUGGAGCAUGCUUUGAUUCAAGAACAAUUGGAAAGAGUAUUACCGGGCCUAAUGUGCCUACCAUUGAUUUGGUGUUGAAGGGUGGUGUUGAAUGGAGAAUCAAUGGUGGUAAUUCAAUGGUGAAGGUUAAUGAAAAUGUGUUGUGUCUUGGAAUUGUGGAAGUGGGUUUGAAGGAGUUGGGUGGAUUGGAACCUUCGUUUGUUAUUGGUGGACAUCAGUUGGAGGAUAAUCUUUUGGAAUUUGAUCUUGUUUCCUCAAAACUUGGCUUUAGCUCAUCACUUCUACUCAACAAAGCAAGUUGUUCAAGCUUUAGGAGAUUUUAAUGUUUCACUUUUUGUCUUGUAUUUCAAAUGUAAUAUGCAUGGAAAUAAGUGUUGAGUUUCAAUUAACGUGAGCAUGUUUGGUUUCUUAUUUGUGACCAUUAA